AUGUCAAAAAGACCUCAAAUUCAUAUAUUUGUGGGAGCACCCAGUAUUCCAAGACCGCUGGAAGUGUCAGAGCAAAGUAGUUUAGCACCUACCGCUGAAAAAUGGAGAGAACUCCACUGUUUGUUUGAUACAUAUAGUCUUUUUUCUGACAAAGUCAAAGGUGCUGACCACUUAGUGUUUCAGGCAGGAAGCUCUAUAGUCACAGCAGCUCCUACAAAUGAUGACAGCUCUCACCAGUCUGAACAGGGGAGAUUAAUGAUUGCAAAAGAAUAUUUGACAUCUCUUGUACCUGUGGCAGUAACCUGUACCAGCACAUCUAAAAAGACUGAAAGUUUAGUUUAUUCUGAUUGUCAAAUAUCUAAAGAUAGAUGCACACAUACAAAUGUAAAUCAGGCUGCAGAUCAGCACCUUCUGCAAAAAUUUCCAGAAUCAACUAGACAAGAUAAAAAACCACAUGGCUGUUGCUCAAACCUCACUGAAAGAAAAACCAGUCAUUUAGAAGUUAACAGCUCUGACAUUUCUGAUUUGGUUGCCAGUACUAAGCAGAUUACCAUAGAUCUAAGGUCUGUGGGACAUAGUGUUCAAUCAGAUCAUAGAAGUGAUCAACAUGAACAUCUAAGUCAGUCCCUGGAUAUGUUUUUCCCUCAAAAUCAAGAGUUAAAACCAAAAGGAGAACUAAGUGAUUGUUCAGACUUCGCAGUGUCAACAGAUACUGAAUUUCAUAGUAUAAUGACUUCAAGUCAGGUGGCUGUUUUUGCACAGGAUCGGAAUGAGAUACAGAAAAUAAUCACAAAACUAUCAGAAAUGGAAGCAGACAAAAAACCUGAAGAAAGGCACUAUGAUCACUUACAGUUUGAUUCCGAUGUUGGAACAUGUCUCAAUGUGGCUGAAAAUGAAUGUAAGGAAGAGUAUGCAAGUUCCCUUGAACUUUUCAGCUCUGAGGGUUAUGGGAAAAGUGUUUACUUUGAAGCUACAAAACAGGAAGGAAGUGUUCAGGAAAACACAAAGAAGUCUCAAGAACUUAAUGUUCCUACUGAGCAAUUUGUAAAUGAAAUCCAUAUUGAACCAUUGAGAUCAGGAAUAUUGUGCUGUCAAGUAGGCAGCUGUCCUAAGAGCUUUUCUAAAAGAACCCACAAGUGUGAAGAUUCUUUUUGUAUUUUUCACUCAGUGUUUACAAGACAGCUGAAAUCAAAGAGAGUUAAACUGAAUUCUUCUCCAGCUGGUCCUGGGAUGAGAGUGGAUCAAGAGAGGAUGAUGGAGUUCAAGAAGCUUCAAAGGAAACUAUCACCACUUAAGAACUGCUGCCACAAAAAUCAAAAGUACAAUGUUUUGGUCACAAUAGUACAUCCUUGUCAUAUCAAAGAAAUACAGGUGAAGACUAGACCAAAAUCUUCAUGUAAAGUUCCUGUAGCAACAAUUGUGGUUAUUGACCAGUCAGAAAUUGAGAGAAAGGUGGUGCUGUGGCGUGGUGCUGCAUUUUGGUCACUCACUGUAUUUCCUGGGGAUAUUGUACUGCUUACAGAUAUAAUAAUGUAUGAGAAUCUUUGGUGUGGAGAAAUCAUGCUGCAAUCUACAUUUACCAGUCAGUUACUGAAUCUGGGGAACUGCUCAGCUGUCAAUCCAGAAGAAUUUUAUCCUAUAGUGGAUGGUGGUAUUCUCCGUGGCUUAUUGGCAUACAUAUCAUCAGAAUUACCACACUUUGGAGACAUUCCACGAAGACAAGUUCAGAGACUGGAUAGUAUACAGUAUACGCAGCUAGACCAGCUCCAACCAAAUACAUUGGUUCACUCAAUCUUGAAAAUUAUCAGUAUUGUUGUAUUAACAGAAUCUGUGUAUAGCUACAGAGGUGGCAACCAAAGAAAAAUUAUUCUAACAGUAGAACAGAACAGAGAUCAACACUAUAGGAUGGUGCUGUGGGGAGCAGGGGCUGCCUGGCACCCUCAUCUUCAAAGGAAAAAAGAUCACUUAUGGGACUUUAAAUACCUUCUGGUCCAACAUAGUUCUGUCUCAGGUGACUUUGAACUACACACAACUCCAUGGUCAUCCUAUGAGUGCUUGUUUGAUGAUGACAAAAGGGCAAUUGAAUUUAAAGAAAAGUUUCAGAAAAGCAAAACAUCCCUCAAGCAGAUGACAAAGCUCUCAGCACAUUUGGAGGAAAAAUGCUCAGGAGUGAUUCAAGUGAAAGCCCGUAUCUUAGAACUGAAGUUUACCAUUUCAACUGGUCAGUACAAGCAACUCACUUUCCAUGCUGAUACUUCACUGGAGUGUGUUUUGGCUUCUCUGCCUAUGAUUACGUAUUCAGGUUGUGCUAAAUGUGGUUUGGAACUACAGGCAGAUGAGAACAUGAUCUACAAGCAAUGUAUUAGAUGUUUGCCAUACAACAAAAUAAAAACAUUCUACAGACCUGCUUUGAUGACAGUAGAAGAUGGAGGAUAUGAAAUUUAUGUUCAUGUGGUGUCUGAGUUGAUGGAAAAAAUCUUCUUCAAUAUUCCUGCAGACUGGCUGAACAGAUUAGUAGUGCCCUCUUCAGAUAUAACCUACAGCACAAUAGUAGCAGAUCUGUGUCAUUUGCUGCUAGCAGAUACGGAAGCAUCCUAUUUAUUGGAAAUUAGGAGCCAUUUUGUGCUGGAUGAAAACAGCUAUCCUUUGCAAAAGGAUUUCCAUCUGCUAAGUUUUCAUCCUGAUUUCUGA